AUCAUAUCUAGUCCUAAUACACCAGGGUUGCGUAGUAUGCAGAAGAAGGAGGAAUUAAGUAAACUUAUUAAGGAAGUGCUAAGAGCCCGAGACUCCAGAUCUCCUAGAACUCCGUUGUUGGUCAAAAUAUCUCCGGAUUUAUCUAGAGAGGAUAGAGAAGAUAUUGCGACAGUUGUUCUGAAUACUGAUACGAGGGUAGAUGGUUUGAUAGUGACUAACACUACAAUUACCCGCCCUGAACUUAAGAGUGAAUAUAGAAAUGAAACGGGUGGAUUAAGCGGUGCACCUCUCAGAGAACUGUCGACAGAAACUAUUCAUGAUAUAUAUAAACUUACUGGUGGUCAUAUUCCAAUCAUUGGAGUAGGUGGUGUGAGUAGUGGUGAGGAUGCGUACAAGAAGAUCUGUGCUGGAGCCUCACUUGUCCAGCUUUAUUCAGCUCUUAUAUUCCAGGGUCCUCCUGUGGUUACAAGGAUACGGAGAGAACUAAAUGAGAUCUUGGAGAAGGAAGGGUUUGAUAAUAUCUCACAGGCUGUUGGUUCCGCUCAUAGGAAGUAAUCUCUCGUCCUCCCAGCUUUAUAUUUAUACUAAAUAUCUUUCUUUUAUAGUUGACAUUUUUCAGAAAA